UCAAAAGCUCUACGGCCACGCCACUCUAUCUUGCGUGCCACACACAACCAAGCAAAGCACAAUCACACACACUUCUUCCUCUGCCUCCAAAAUAGAGCCACAAAGGAAAUAACUCUUCCAACAUCAACAGAGGAGACCAUGGAAGUGGUUUCCAAGGAAGCCCAGAUGUCGAUUGCUGCUUCUUCCAUGUUUCCUGGGUUUAGGUUCUGUCCCACCGACGAGGAGUUGAUUUCUUAUUACCUCAGGAAGAAGCUCGAUGGCCAUGAAGAAAGUGUUCAAGUCAUUUCCGAGGUUGAGCUUUGUAAAUAUGAACCUUGGGAUUUACCAGCAAAAUCGUUCAUUCAAUCAGAUAACGAAUGGUUCUUCUUCUCUCCCCGUGGAAGAAAGUAUCCAAACGGUUCACAGAGUAAAAGGGCAACUGAAUGUGGGUAUUGGAAGGCCACUGGAAAAGAGCGUAAUGUAAAGUCAGGUUCCAAUGUUAUAGGUACCAAGCGAACUUUGGUUUUCCACUUAGGACGUGCUCCUAAAGGGGAAAGAACUGAAUGGAUUAUGCAUGAGUACUGCAUCAAUGACAAGUCUCAAGAUUCUUUGGUCAUUUGUCGGCUCAAGAGGAACAUGGAGUUCCGUUUGAGUGAUGCUCCAAAUAGAGCUUCUUCAAGUCAAAGGCACCCCGUGAAUUCACAUGAAAGUGAUUAUGCAAUCUCAGAAGGUGGUAUUGAUCCAAGGGGUGUCUGCGAGCAAGACAAAGAGGUUGGAUGUAGCUCCAAGCGGAGUAGUAGCAGUUAUGGUUCUCCUUCAAUGGAACAAAUUGAUUCUGUCUCUGAAUCCAAUCAGCGACAACCUAAUGAGCCCACUUUGACUGAAUCUUCAGGUCAACCAAAGGUGGAUGAAGAGGAUUGUUAUGCUGAGAUACUAAAGGAUGAUAUCAUCAAAUUGGAUGAAUCAUCAAUUUCAAGAGAGGGUCAAACAAGAUCACAGGAUCCUGCACAGAUGCAUCCUAGCCAAGGCACAGCACAACGAAGAAUAAGAUUGAGGAUUGGGAAUCCCAAGCAUUCUCCUGCAAAAGUUCGUUUCCCAAGCACAAUGCAAUCCUCAAAGAGCACCUUUUUCACCACAAUGACCAACCGUUUGGUGCUAUUUGCUUUCUUCGCUUUCACUUUGAUAGCCCUUUAUUUUUUGUCCUUAUUAAGUGGACUCAAACGAUUUAAUUAUUAUGGGAAUUGGCUUUAUGGGAAUCAAGUUGAGGAGGGUGAACUUUUUGGCAUCUGGGUAGAUUAUGUGUAUGAUCACUAUACAGGAUUCCUGCAGCUAGAAGUUUCCUUUAAGCUUGAUGGUGACGGAAUGUUUGGAACCAUGUCGAGGCCCAUGUUGCUUGUUUUCCUGCUACUCGUACUUAUAAUCACAUCACAGUUCGAGUGGAAGCAACAGCUUGUGGCCGAUGUUGACUCAAAUCCCAGCUUGUCUCAGAAGCAGCAUCAGAUUUCAAAGCCUGAAGAAACCGUCAAGGAGAAGAUUAUCUUAGUGCAAGAGAAGACUAUUCGAAGACUGAAUGAGCUAGUGCGGCAUCUCCAGGAACAACUGCAGCAGUGUAGAGGAAGCAAUGGAACUACAAAUGGCACUUUAAGUCCUCUAGCUGAGCGAAUUCUUGAGCUUGAACGACAGCAAAUUUUAGAGGAUUAAGCAAACACAGCAAGUACGGCAAUGGAGUUCAUCUUUAUGUUCAAGUUGUAAAGUUGUUCCUUAAUUCGUUGAGAGGGAACAUUGUUGAAGAUUUACUCCCAGUCUGAAUUACGAUUUUGAACUCUAUCGCAAUGAAAAGUGCAGUGUGUUUUGAAUCAUCUGUUA